AAAGAAAAUAAUUUUUUUGUUAUUUGUUUCGGAUAUCUGUUAAACUGUGUGCACGUUGAAAUUAUUCUACUCAGGUCUCUACCAUUAUUCUUUAGAUUCCAUGAUUGUUGCUGCGCGGUGAGUUGUCCAAGUUAUGGUCACUUCAAAUAUUUCGAUAACAUGGCAUCGUUAGACGACGACUCGUUUUAUGAAAUUAAAUCACGUUUUGCUGAUACUGUCCAAAAAAUCGAAUGGGUCCCUUUGUCUCUUACUUUAAUCGAAUAUCCCCAAGGUGAUUUAUUUGGAAAAUUUUUAGCCCUGACAAGUUUAGUACCAUUUGUUAUUAUAGCUGGUUUUAUAACAUUGAUCCUGUUUAGAAGAGAUUUGCACACAAUUAGUUUUUUUAGUGGUGUUAUAUGUAAUGAGUGUAUAAAUUUUAUAUUAAAACAUACAAUCUGUGAAGCAAGACCAAUGAGACGCAAUGCUGUUUAUGUUGAAUAUGGUAUGCCAUCGAUGCAUGCACAAUUCAUUUGGUUUUUUGCCAUGUAUACUACGCUUUUCAUAUGCAUUAGGUUACAUCACGCUAAUAAUAGCAGCAUCUCAGAAAAAUUCUGGAGGAUUACUGUCAUAGCUGCUUGUAUAAUUGUUGCUAUUUUAAUCACAUACAGUAGAGUUUAUUUAUUAUAUCACACUAACUCUCAGGUUCUGUGGGGUACAUUCAUAGGUCUUAUAUUAGGGGCAAUAUGGUUUGCAAUUACACAUGUAGUCCUUACACCAAUUUUCCCUAUAAUUGUGCGGAUAUCAGAAUAUUUAUUAUUACGUGAUACAACAUUAAUUCCAAAUAUCCUUUGGUUUGAAUAUACAAAUAUUCGUACGGAGGCACGAGCACGUUCAAGAAAGUUGGUGUCAAUGAAAUCGCAAUGACGCCUAAUGUCUGGCCAAUGGGCUGACACUAAAUAGGAUAUAAAUAUUAUAGAAAAGAAAAUAUUAAAGAAAACCACAAACAUUUAACAAAUGAACAAUUUCGACGAAAAGAAAUAACGAAAAUUAAUGAUUCAUUUGGCUUGAAAGACUAACCAACAACAAUCAAUAGCGUUGAAUUUUUUCAGUGAAAAUGUUUAAGUAUAUAAGGUGUUAGUACAAAUUUUGCAUAUAAAUUUUCAUAUUCAUACUAUAUAUUAGGACGAAUGCGAUUUUUCAAUUUAGUUUCAACUUAGUUUUUCGUGAAUUAUUUAUAAUACGUAUUAUUAUUAUAUGCGUAUUACAUUUAUAAUACGUGUUUGAUAAAGGACAUUAUUACAAACUUUUUACAUUUGUGUCCUAUUCCAUAAAAACGAACUGUUAUUUUGACUUUGCUAAUCAAGCUGUAUUUAAUUUAAAUGAAAGAUAAAUCUAGUGCAAUGAUGUAGUAAAAUAUGUAGCUCCAUCACCGAUUACAGUGAAGUAGAUCUAUAUUUUAUUUCUAGAAGAAAGGCGAAUUGAACGCCUUUAGAGAAUUAUUGUAUCUUGCAUUUAUCCAAGGUUGUUAUAUUGUUAAUAUUAUGACUCCUGUUUUAUUAUUCAUUUUUAUAAUGUAUAUUCAAGUACCGCUUUUCCUAACUUUUGUAUGAGUUUUAUGGUUCUGAGUAUUGUAUACAGUUCCUUUUUUACUGCAGUAUGUUUAAGUACAUAAUGUUAGAAUCUAUGUAUUUAUUUCGGCGUUAAAAAGAAAUUGCAAAUGAAAAGACAUAAGAUAAGUAAUUAGCAAGCAGUUGGAUUGAAAGAUUAAUAUUUAAAUUAAAUUGCGUGAAAUCAAAAGCUUUAAGCAGUAAUCAUUUUAAAUGUUCAUAGCGAAGAACAUAACUGUAUCAACGGUAAUUAUUGAUAAUUUAAACUGAUACAACUUUGUAGAAAAAAAUCAUACAGUGAUCCACGUGUGAUCUAAUUUUGAACCGUGAAAUCUCUAUUUGACCGUCGGUCAUUUUUUUUUUUUUUUU